AUGAUAAAUGACAAUACUAUUAUGAAUAACUACAAUGGUACUGAUUUACCUUCAGCUGCACUUGCAUCUGUAAAUGGACGUUCAGUAUAUGCAAAUCUGAAGGAUAAACUAGAGACAACAAAUCAAUUAGGUAAUUGGAUUGAAAAAUUAAGCAGAUGUGAAAUGUUAGCUGAGAAUGAAGUAGAUCGAUUAUGUUCAAUGGCAAAAUAUAUUUUACAGUUUGAAGAAAAUGUCGCAGCAGUGGAUGCGCCAGUAACCAUUUGCGGAGAUAUUCAUGGCCAAUUCCACGAUUUAUUGGAAUUAUUCCAAAUUGGAGGACCGUUGCCAGAUAAUAAUUAUUUAUUUAUGGGUGAUUAUGUCGACAGAGGAUACUAUAGUGUAGAGACAGCUUCAUAUUUAAUUGCAAUGAAAUGCAGAUAUCCGAAAAGAAUAACCAUAUUGAGAGGCAAUCAUGAAUCUAGACAAAUAACUCAAGUAUAUGGCUUUUAUGACGAAUGCUUAAGAAAAUAUGGGAAUGCCAGUGUUUGGAGAAUGUUUACAAAUUUAUUUGAUUUCCUUCCAAUAACAGCUUUAGUUGAUAAUAAUAUAUUUUGUCUUCAUGGCGGAUUAUCACCAAUGGUCAAAACUCUCGAUCAGAUUAGGACUUUAAAUAGAAUACAAGAGGUACCACAUGAAGGGCCAAUGUGUGACUUAUUAUGGAGCGAUCCUGAUGAUAGAAGCGGCUGGGGUAUUAGCCCAAGAGGUGCUGGUUUCACUUUUGGUCAAGAAAUUAGCGAAGAGUUUAGACACAAUAAUGGUCUAGAAUUAAUAUCAAGGGCACAUCAGUUAAUUAUGGAGGGGUAUUCAUGGACACACCACCAAAGUCUUGUCACCAUUUUUAGUGCACCUAAUUAUUGCUAUAGAUGUGGGAAUCAGGCUGCAAUAAUGGAAAUUGAUGAAAACCAUAAUAAUCAAUUUUUACAAUUUGACCCAAAUGAAAGGCCAAAUGAAAAAAUUAUAAAUAAAAGAACACCAGAUUACUUCUUAUAA